AUGUUUCUUCGAGUCAUUGGAAAUAGUAAAAAACGCCAGCGACUAUUUAUCAAUGUUUCCUUCUUUUUUCUCAUCAUUGGGCUUCUUGUUCUCGGUGUCUUCACAAUCAAAAAGAACACCUAUAUCACCUUCGAUUCAUGGGAUCUAGCACAAGAGAUUGCUCAGAACGCGACGGAUGCAGCGAUGGAAAACUCUUCUCACAUUGAUUUCUCUACUGUUCUGUGGAAUGCUGACAUGGAAUUGGUUUUAGCGAAUAAAACGAUUGAUGGGCCUCCGAAAAGAGAUAUUCUAUUCGUUGUCAGUACUUUUAUCGGAGUUGAUGCCGAUAUAAACGAUAGAUACUCCUGGUACAUUGUGAUCUACACCUUGGUGGGCUCUCUUGUAUACGGCUGGAAUGUUCUUCGCUUCGUGCUGUGGACUGAUCAAAAGCUGGAAGGAUUUUUAGAUGAUAUGGGCAUUUAUGAGACAUUAGGCGAUGAAAAUGAAUUUACUGAUUUUGUUCUAGACUUCCGCAAACAGAAAUCCGAGCAGAAGAAGGUGGAAAUCAAAUCGAUUUCCUCCACCCAAUACGACAUCAAAUCCUCGUGGAAAUCCCUAUCCCAACGAGCCAUGAAAGCCUUUCUUCCAAUUUCUCCAGCUCUUCUCUACUUCUCACUCUAUGCCACAUGCCUUUUCCUACUUGCCUGCUAUCACACUUGGAUGCGUGAUCCGAAUGAAAUUAGUGAGAAUAUGAGAGCAGUCUCGAAUUUCGCUGUUGGACUUGAUUCGUCGAUUUUGAUUGGAAAACGUGAUGUGAACAGUUAUGUGUUUGUGAUUUGGGGAGUGGUGUGUCAGAUCCUCUUCUUCUUGACGACCUAUCGUAUUGCUGAGCUUGUGGUGAGAAUCUAUUGUGCAUUGGUUGGAAAGGAGGACACUGUACGCCCGGCAUUCUUGAAUUCAAUCACAGAAGGAGAGGAAUCAAAAAUCGGACAAAUCCAGAAAAAUUCGAAAGCCCAAGAGAACAUUGAUCAUCAGAAACAUGAUUAAUUACAGAGUUGAAUAAAAGUU